AUGAAAGAUUUUGAUAAGAUAACCAGUCUCAUCUGUGAUGAAGACGCUAUCUUUGAUAUGGUUGUGUCGUACGUGGAAACACGGAAAGUUUCUCACGAACGUUACAUGGAUAAAGACAUAUAUGAUCUUCGCUAUUGUGUGUAUCCGGUUAUCAGCGUCGCAGAAAAAGGUCACGUGACUAUUCUGGACUUUUUGAUCAACUCUGGAUUCGAUCCAAACUAUCGGAGAAAUGAAAAGUUCUUUAAGCGCAUGCCUAUUCACUGCGCAUGUCGAAACGGACAUCUCGACGUCGUAAAAUCGCUGGUCGACAACCAUGGAGUUGAUGUGGACUCUAAAGACGCUGAAUCAGAGACGCCUUUAUCGAUGGCGAUUUACAACGGUAGUCUUGACAUUGUCCGGUUUCUUGUCGAAUCCCGAGCAAAUAUAUCCGGGGCAAUGCAUUUCGAACGGACAUCACCCUUGCAUGUGGCAGCCAAAGAAAACCAACCAGAGAUAGUGAAAUAUCUCAUUUCAAAAGGAGCCAUGGUAAACGAGGUCAACAGUUACGGAUGCCCACCCCUUCAUCACGCAACGUUGCAUGGAGAUAUAUGUGUUGUUCGGAUUUUGUUAGAGGCGGGAGCGAAAACUGAAUACCUCGGUGGUAAUACGGCGUUCUCGACAGCAACAAAACGAGAGAACUUGGACAUGAUGAAAUUGUUGUCUUCAUUCGGAGCAGACCCGGAGGAGGAGGACUGCAACGGAUACACUCCUCUGGAGCUAGCGAUUAUAUAUGAACGCUCCGAUAUAAUUCGGUAUUUGGUCGUGGAUUUGAAUGUCCGUACACACAGAAGACGUUGUGGAUAUUCGCCAUUGCACAUCGCAGUCGAGGUGGGUAAUGAUUCUGCGGCCAAGCUUCUGUUAAAGUCGGGAUGUCCAGCAAAGUUAGACUACUCUGGGUUCAACGAGGGACUACCAGUUAUUAAACAGAUUGUGUCGCAUGUGAGACGAGUCGCUAGAAUUCCAAAUUCACUAAAGAGACUCAGCUGUUGGAAGAUCAGGGACCAACUUGGUCGGAGGCUUUCAGAGGUGGAUUGUCUCCCUUUGCCACGUCUAUUGAUAAACUAUGUUAAGCUUUCUGAUAUUCCUUAA